GGAGGAACGCCUCUUAUGAUGAGCUAUUACUGUCUGGAAGCCGGUAACUCAAACAAACCAGCCUCAGGCUAAUUGUAGCCCGCAAUGGAAUAUUAAUAUUUGCCCAAAUCUGCUUCUGUAUCAUUAAAGAGAGGGAGGGCACGCGGGAGGAGGUGUGAGAUUACGCGCACGCCCGGUGCGUAUGCUUCCGCGAGUCGCUCUGCAACUCGAUCAGGUUGUAGGAGCUGGUAAAGCGAGAAGACACGCUUCAGAGGCGAGGCGAGGAGGUGGAGAGAGAGAGAGGGCUUUGAAGAUAGCCGAGGUGUCCUCGGUGCGGUUCAGGGGUGGACUAUGUGGCAUGAGUGUUAUUGCAUCACGUAAUAUUGUGCUAGUGAAAACAAGCAGGGCUUUUGACAGAGAGAGAAUAGAAGAAAGCGUUCAGUAUCGGCGGAUGAUGAUGAGGAUGCAGUCAUAACGAGGGACCAACGCGAUAAUAACAGGGUAACGCAGAGGGGAUUCACUGAGCCAUGCAGAGAGAAGGACUACCAAGAGAGAAGAACUUGCACUGCAUCACUUCCAGUGGAUGACAGCGGAGUGCACACACACUUCUGUCGCAUGGGCUUACCGUCCUGUGAACAGACAACUCAGAAGCAGUGAGACGGGAGAGAAAGAGCGCAUCCGUGUCUCUGGUUUACGCUGAUGGACAAGUGGACAUUGGGGCUAUGCUGGAGCUUCGGCCCCUGUUGUCCAUCCCGUCUCCCCCCUGCUGAAGCUCCCGGCACAGCCCUGGAGCACAGAGGGUGAGAGAGACGGCCUCAUGCAGGCACGCAAGAAGUACGUGCUUCUGGGCCUGUGCACGUGCUGCUGGCUGUUGCUCUAUUACUGGGGCAGCUUGCAGGAACAGCUCCUGGGUCUCAUCACCCACAAGGGGGGGGAGGCGGCACGGCCCUGGCCCAACUGGUUGGAUCAGGACCUGCUCCCAGGUUAUGCCGACCAGGCCGAGCUACAAAAUGGUGGGGGUUCAGGUGACUCACCAAGGCAGCGGCGGCAGUCGUGGGCCGGAAUCUACAAGGACAGUCGCUGCAGGAUGGACACCUGCUUUGACUUUGCCCGAUGUCAAAGGCAGAGUGGCUUUCGGGUCUACAUCUAUCCACCAGAGAAGGGCGAGCGCGUGUCCGAGAGUUACCGCAAGAUCCUCACUUCAGUCACGGAGUCGCGGUAUUACACGUCGGACCCUCGAGAUGCAUGUCUGUUCGUGCUGGGCAUCGACACGCUGGACAGGGACCAGUUGUCGACACAAUUUGUGCCCAACGUGGAUGAGCGGAUUCGAGGUUACCCGCUCUGGAACGACGGGAGAAAUCACGUCAUCUUCAACCUUUAUUCCGGAACUUGGCCCAACUACACCGAGGACUUGGGCUUUAAUGUGGGCCAGGCCAUCCUGGCCAAAGCAAGCCUGAAUACGGAACACUUCCGACCGGGCUUUGACAUUUCCAUACCUUUGUUCUCUAAAGAACACCCCCGGAAGGGUGGAGAGAGGGGCUGGUUAGUUCGCAACACCGUCCCGCCAAGGCGUAAAUACUUGUUGAUGUUUAAAGGUAAACGUUACUUGACGGGCAUCGGCUCAGACACUCGCAAUGCUUUGCAUCACAUCCACAACGGCAAGGACAUCGUCUCCCUAACAACAUGUCGCCACGGCAAGGACUGGGAGAAGCAUAAGGAUGCACGGUGUGACCAUGACAACCAGGAGUAUGAGAGAUUUGACUAUCAAGAGCUGCUCCACAACUCCACCUUCUGUCUUGUUCCCCGCGGUCGGCGCUUGGGGUCAUUCCGUUUCCUGGAGUCUUUGCAGGCCGCUUGUAUCCCGGUGUUACUCAGUAAUGGCUGGGAGUUACCCUUCUCUGAUGUCAUCCAGUGGAACCAAGCAGUCAUCGAGGGCGACGAGAGACUGUUACUACAGGUACCUUCUACGGUGCGGGCUGUGGGCAUUGACAGGGUGCUGGCUCUCAGACAGCUUACACAGAUGCUCUGGGAGGCCUACUUCUCCUCCGUGGAUAAGAUUGUACUCACCACACUGGAGAUCAUAAAGGACAGAGUGUACUCGCACAUCUCCAGAAAUAAAUUCAUGUGGAAUGCCUUACCAGGAGGGCUGCUGGUUCUGCCCGAGUACUCGACGCACCUGGCACACUACCCCUUCUAUUACUUAAACCUUGGAAUCAGCCCAGGUCAGGAGUUCACUGCUGUAAUUCAUGCCACCUCACCUCUGGUCUCCCAGUCUCAGCCAAUCAUGAAGCUCCUUCAGGUCGUCUCCAAGUCAAAAUACUGCUCACAGAUCAUCAUCCUGUGGAACAGUGAGAAGCCGCCCCCUCACCGGAGUAAAUGGCCGCCUAUGCCAGUGCCCCUUAUCAUCACAAAUGGAAGAAGGAAAACAAGCAGCCGUUUCCUGCCACAUGCAGCUAUUGAGACAGAGGCAGUUUUGAGCCUGGAUGAAGACACGGUGCUGUUGACCAGCGAGAUCGAUUUUGCUUUCCAUGUGUGGCGGAGUUUCCCAGAGAGGAUUGUUGGCUACCCUCCCAGAAGCCAUUUCUGGGACCCUGUAAAAAAGGCCUGGGGCUACACCUCUAAAUGGACCAACGAGUACUCCAUCGUCCUCACCGGAGCGGCGUUUUAUCACAGGUACUACCAUCACCUGUUCUCUCACUACCUGCCCUCCUCUGUGCGUGCGCUGGUGGAUCGCACCUCUAACUGUGAGGAUAUCCUGAUGAAUUUCCUGGUCUCCUCUGUGACACACCUGCCACCGAUUAAAGUAGCGCAGAGGAAGCAGUACAAAGAGAUGCCCACCCUGCAAGGCACUAAGAUGGCCCCGUGGGCGAACCCUGAGCACUUUACCCAGAGGCAGGAGUGUGUCAACACCUUUGCAAGCUGGUUUGGUUACAUGCCUCUAGUGCACUCUCAGUUUCGCCUGGACCCCGUACUGUUCAAGGACCACGUGUCCGUCCUGCGCAAGAGGUACAAAGACCUGGAGCACGUCUGAGCCAAGCUGAACAGAGUGGCGACGGGUCACAAACUGAUACUGAUACUGAUGCUGAUGGAGAGACUUAUCUCUAUCCCUCCGCUACUGGCUGCUAGCAUGUGGUGGCCAGUUGGUGGACAAGAGACUGCUAUGACCAGUUCUCAAUUUAUGACUGACAGCUUCAUGGAUGAGAAAACAUCAUAGAUCUGUCAAUCAUUCCAGCUGCUGUUUGACUGGAGGAGUUUGUAGCGUUAAGGGUGCCUAAUGGUGCUGUGGAUGUCACUCACAUGACAGUGAGUCGACAAGCAACUGACUGAUCACAUGAUGUGGUAAUUACAUUACCAAUAAAAUUAUUCCGAAAUGCAAACUGUGUUUGUGGCUGUAUUUGUGAAAUUAUGGUUUCAUGUUGCUGUUUCAAGCAACUAUACCUAAAACUACUACCCAACAUAUGGGUAGUUAAUAAAUAAGAAAACUAAUUUUCUGUUCAACAAAGACGUUAGGUGAAAGGUAAUAUUCUUUGUGACAAAUCCGUUAAUUUUCAGACAAUUUAAAGUUUAAAUAGAUUAUUAGGAUAAAAUGUAUAUUAAAGUAUAUGGAAAAGUGUAUUUACAGAUGCACACGCAAAUGAU